AUGCGAUUGGCUUUGAACGAGACGACGAAUUGCAGUAAGGUAUUGGAGGCAGAGGGAAGGAGCAAGAAGAUGACCAGUGAUAAGGAUAAGGUGCUGUUGUUUCUUAAGGAUGUGUGCAUCAAGACAAAUGAUCACUCGUUGAAGUAUGACCUGAAUAGAUGUAUUGAGAUGGUUGAAGGAAAGGAGAACCAGGAGGUUGCAGAUCUUCGAAAUGCACUGGAAGAAGCGCUAGUUGAGAAUGAGACGCUGUUUACGGAGAAGUGCGAGCUUGAGGUGACUCUUGAGUGCAUGAAGGCCGAGAAGAGCGGAAUCUGA